GUUUUUUUGGGAAGAGGAGGCAUCAUUUGCAGAAAAGAGGAGGAGAACAGAAAGGUGAAGCAUCUUGAAGCUGCGGAGGUGAGGGUUUGGAUGUGCAUGAUGUUCUCCCUUCACACACACACUUUUGGCAUAUCAUGAGUGAGGCCCUAUACCCGGGUCUGAGGGUAACUUAGAAUUAGAGGAGUUGUGUAGCGGUGUCACUCUGGGAUGUACUUCCUGUUUGGCUAUCGUGAGAACUCCAGCUAGAGUCUGUUCUCUUCAUAUGUGUUUCCACACCUAGUUGAUUACUCGACUGUUGUGGAGAUGCUAUGAAGGGGACCAUAGCUCUAGUAACCUUUGACCUUUAGGUUCAGGGAACCAUCCUUGUGAGAUUGCAUAUACUUGACCUUGAACUCAAAACAGUGAACCUUUGUUAAGGCACGAUGGGAGGAAUAUGUACUUCUGUAAUCCUCGCGCUGUUCGUUUUUUAAUGAUAUUACAUUUCAUACCAUGCAUGUGCUUUGUUUCGUCAUGUUGUUUUAUUAUCAUGCAUCAUAUUCAUACAUCAUUUAGUAACGUGUUAAUUUUAAAGGAAAUUACGGGUACCUACUUGACUUCAUACGAGAUGGAUGUUGACACAAGGUCCGAUGCUACACGGCACACCGACUCUUCCGAUUUAAGAAAAAAGUAUAGUCUAAGGACCCAUGUUGAAAAUUUGACCGGGCUGAUAAACUUAGGCAAAAGGCUUAAGACUAUAAAGAGAGAAACCUUUCAGAGAAGAUAUGGAAAUUUGUUGAAUUUAAUGGAGGUUGAAGUACAAAUGCCUGCUAUCACAGCCUUGGCACAAUAUUAUGAUUCUCCGCUUCGAUGUUUCACAUUUCAAGACUUUCAGUUGGCGCCAACUAUAGAGGAGUUCGAGCAUUUCUUGGGUUUGCCACUGGAGGGCACCACUCCCUAUCAACAUUUAGAGCAUCAUGCCUCUAUACCCACCAUUGCUGCCAUCAUGAAACUACAUCCCAAGGAGCUUGAAGAUAGGAUGAUGAUGAGGAAUCAAUUGCAUGGGUUAUCACAGGGAUAUCUAGAGCAGUAUUUACAUCACCUGGAUGAUAAAGAGGAUUGGGAAACUUUCAUGGAUGUAUUAGCCCUCACCAUAUAUGGCAUUGUCUUGUUUCCCAAAAUAGAAGAAUUCGUGGAUUACACCGCAAUAGACGUCUUCGUGGCGAGUAAAACCAGAUCGGAGAAUCCUGUAACAACAGUUCUUGCGGAUGUUUAUGGGACCUUGAGUUUUUGCCAGGAGAGAAAGGGAAAGAAGAUUCUUUGUUGUUUACCGGCGUUGUAUACAUGGAUGACAGCGCGCAUGUUUAAGGAGAUGGUCGACGUCAAGAGUCUAUCAGAAACUUUGUCACACCAAAGGCUCAAAGGAAAGGGAGGAAACGAUUGGGCCCGAUUCCUUGCUGGCUUGAGCGAAAGAAGUAUAAAAUGGCGCCUUCCUUGGCUCGGAAAUAAACGGGCUAUACAACAUUGUGGUAGCUUUCCUAAUGUGCCUCUCAUAGGGGCCCGGUACUGUGUCAAUUACAACCCCCUUUUGGUGCAAAGACAAUUCGGGCAUUCCAUGAGAGGGGCACCUUCAUCAGAUUACCUUGCUACCCUGUUCAUUUAUUACGAAGACGGACAUUUCAUCGAACCGUUAAGAAAGGUUAAAAGCGCGUGGGAAAAUGUUGUUCGAGCAGAGAAGGACUUGAGGGAUGGAGUAGUGGAUAGCAGGGUUAGUUAUCACACCUGGAUUCUGGAGAGAGUGAAAGUAGUCAAGUUGCCUUUCAAGCCAAUCAAGGAUCAAUCAGCUAGUGAAGGACCAUCCCAAGCCCCAGAAAGUGAAGAGGUGCAACAAUUGAAGGCUGAGAUGAAAAAAAUUGAAGGUGAGGAAUGCUAGGUUGGAAAACGAAUUACAAAGGGCGCGUAGUGAUCUUGUGGAUAUGAGAAAUGAUAAUGAAGAAAAGUCGCAGGCUUAUGAUAGCAUUGUCAAAAGCCAGAAGGCUGAGAGGGAUUGAUGGCAUAUGCCUUAGCCAUGGUAAAAUUGUGUGUAUUUUAGACCUUGUAUUAAGGGUCAAAUAGUAUAGUAUUUAAUUUUAGGCCUUGUAUUAAGGGCUAAGUAUUGUAUGGUUUGUAAUCUUAUUUUUAAAGAGUGUGUCCCACCAUGGGACAUGAUGGCCACAUGGCAAGCUCUUAGUGAAGACACUUCUUAAAAAGGAAGUGGCCAUGUGUCACUUUCCAAGUGGAGCAACUCUUCCUAAAGUGGAUUGCCACAUGUCACUCUAAGAGUGGAAAGCUCUUGCAAAAGUGGAUUGUCACAUGGCACUUUAAGAGUGGAGGAACUUUGCAAAAGUGGAUUACCACAUGAGUGGAGAAGACUUUACAAAAGUGGAUUGCCACAUGGCACUCUAAGAGUGGAGAAACUUUGUAAAAGAGGAUUGCCACAUGUCUCUUUAAGAGUGGAUAGUUUUUAGGGUUUCUUGUCUACUUAGGAGACACCUUUCUCUAUAAAUAGAAGGGUCUCCUUCCUUGUAAAAUCACUUGAUGAAUUUGAAUGUUAUUAUGCCAAAAUGUGUGCAAACAUAUCUUGUCUCAAGUCAAGGCUAGAGCAUCCCAUGAGGUCCCUCUAACCACCCUUCUCUAGAGUUGGCCCAACCUCUCCGGAGAUCCAUCAAACACCUCCAUCCUACCACAAAUACUCACCAAAAACAUCACCAAAAUUUUGAGCCCACCACCAUAUCCAUCGCUUCCGCACAAAUUCCACCUCCAUAGCUUCAUCUUCGUGCUUUGGCCCAACCUAGCUCGAGGAGGACGCUAUCAUUUGGUAUCAAGAGCUUUGGGUCUACAAGAGCUAAGUAUCUUGGUCCUUUACCUAUCUUUGUGUAUUUCUUGUUGUUAUUGUGUUGUUCUUUAUUGUCUUCCAUUGUUUACAUCCAUAUAUGUUAUUUUUAUGGUUCUAGUUUGUUCUUUUGCGGAACCAUUCGGUUUUUACCACUAAGUUUCCAUAUACAUGUGUUGUGGCGUGCUUUUAUAUUUUUUUUUGAGUCUUUCUUCAUAUAUUUGGUUCUGUUUUAAUGUCAUUUUUGGGUUAUUUUUUAUUUUUAAUUCCAUCCAUGUUGUCUAGAGUCAUGUGUAGUCAUUUUUAUGUCAUUUUCUCUUAGUUAGGGCUUUGCAAAAAUCAUAAAAAAAUAUGUCCCAUUGGGAUUUCGAAAUUACAGUAUAUACAUCCAUUUGAGUGCUUUUCUAUUUCAUAUUUGAGUUCAUGCUUGUCAUUAGAUCAUUGUCAAGUUCUUAGAGUUAAGUUUCUCUUGUGUUUCUUUGAGUUUCAUGCUCUAUUUUUGAUUCUAGUAAGAUUUCUUCCAUUUUUUUUCUUUGAGUCAUGAACUUUGAGUUACACAAACAAAUUGUCCAGAUCUAAUUUGUGUUGAAAAACAAAAGUGUAGACAAAAGUAAAAAGUCAAAGUAAAAAAAAAAGAGAGAAAAAAAAAGUAAAAGUACAAGCAAAAGCAAAAGUGAAAAAAAAAAAAGUUACUUUGACUUGAGACUUUGACAUGAGACUUUACCAUGACACUUGGAGAUGAUACUUGGACAUAAUACCUUGACAUGACACUUGGACAUGACCCUUGGAUAUGAGACUUGGACAUGACACUUUUGGCAAAAUAUUGUUUCUGCCUACAUUGCACCAUUAGCUAAGUGUUUGUAAAGAUAAGAAGUAAUAAUUCUCUAUUCUAAUUGUUUUUGGUUUUAUUCAUCUAUUCUAGUGCCUUUCUUUAGGUAAUUCUUUUGAGUGCCUAGCCUUUGUUUUUAAGCUUUAUUUUCUUGAUUGUCUUGUUCAUUACUCUUUGUUUUGUCUCAACAUAACUCCUUUUGAAGAGCUAUUGUUCAAAUUGGCCCUUGAUUUGCAUUCUCUUUGGAUUCCUACCUUUCGGAUUUGGUUUGAUAUUUGGUGUAGGAUAUUCUUUGGAGGAAAAACGAAAUUGGACAUAGUAUAUUGGGUGAUCGGAGACCUCUAUGGACCUUGAAACCUUGAGGAAGAGACAAGAAGAAAAGGAGUGAAACACUUUAGAGAGGAACACACAUUAUUUAUUUGUAUUACGCAUUUUUGAGUUGUAAAAUUGUAUUGCUUUUGGAUUUGUAACUCAUAACCUUGUUAGGUAUCUUGGGGUAGUCUGUGAUACUCAAUCCCAUAUCCUAACAAAGACUUGUAAACCAUAUUGAAAACGUUUUUAGUUGGUUAAAGUUUGAAGGUUCCAAAGUGCCUUCUAACUUUACCAUUAGGCCGCAUAGUCUAGUUUAAUUGUUGUCUUUAUCUGCUUAUAAUUUAUUGUGUGUCUACUUGUGUAUCAAACCUAAUUCCAUUUGAGAAGUUUGGUGCAAGAGAACUUGAGGUAAACUUUGGCUAGGAAAGGCUUGGAUUUUAAGUGAUCCUUAGUGAUUCUCCUCUCUUUCCUGGAAGUGAACUUGAGAUUAUUUUGCCUCCUUAAAUCUCUAAAGGAAUUUACUUUUGAAAUACAAGUUUGUGUGUGCAUUACAUAUUUUGAAUUUUUUUAAGAAUGUCUAAGGAACCUUCUUACCAAAUUGAUAGUGAUUAUAGUGAAGAGGCCCAACCAAAUUUAGAACAAAUGGCCAAGGAACUAAAAUCACUAAAACUUUGGCAAAAGCAAGAAUCCAUUUUGAAAGAAAAAGAGAGAGUUGAAAGAGAACAAUAUCUUGAAACCUUAGAAGAAGAACUUAGAGUUCUAGCCCAAAAACAAGGAAAGGUCCAAGAAGAGAUAAAGAAAAGUAGAAGUAGGAGUCACUCAAGGAGAAGUUCAAAAAUUCCCACAGAAAACACAUACCCUGAACAAGAUAGUAGGACUGCUGCACAAUUCUACCAACAUCCUCCACCUAGAAGGUAUAGAAGGGAGAGUGAACAACCACCAAGAGAGAUUAGGAUAGACCUUCCUCAUUUCCAUGGGAAAGAAGAUGUUGAGGCAUACCUAGGUUGGGAAAUGAAAGUAGAACAACUUUUUGAGUGUCAUCAAAUAAUAGAGGAAAGGAAAGUAUCCCUAGCCACCCUAAGCUUUCAAGGGAAUGCCAUGUAUUGGUGGACUGCCCUAGUGAGAGAAAGAAGACUCUCCAAUUCCCCUCAAGUCCAAUAUUGGAAUGACUUGAAGAGUGCUCUAAGAAGAA